AUGUGGCGUGUCAAGCAUACGAUCUCUACGCCGAGUCUGCGUGCGCUCAGCCGGAGCACGGCGGCGCCGUCGCGCUCGCUCGUCUCGACCGUGCUCCUCACGAACGAAGGCUACGACACGAAGCAGGUCACCGAGUUGCGCGCCCUGCUUCGUCAGCGCGGUCUGACCACGUCCGGCCGCAAGGCGGAGCUCGUGCAGCGUCUGAAGCAGAGUGACAUGACGCGGGCGGGCUCGACGCUCGCGAGCGCCGACAAGGCGCCCCAGAGCCGCGCCAAGAAGGGCAGGCAGGCCGUCCAGGACCUCGAAGAGAAGCAGCCCUCGCUGCCUAUGGAGCCUGGCACCGUCGUGAGCGCCACGGCUGUGCGCCAGGGCCAAGGCGCCGGCACGUCGUCGUCGUCGCCGCAGGCCGCGCAGCCGCAGACGGGCGCCGUGCGCGGCCAGCCUGCGCUCACGCCCGAGGCAUCGACGCCGACGUUCGACGUCCAGAUCCCAUCCGAGCCGCUCGCCGAGCCCGAGGCACAGUACAUCCCCUCGAUCAAGCCCCUCACCGACCCGACGUCGCACAACUACACGGAUCCGACGCGCGAGUCGGACCUGAUCCUGCCGCAUGUACCGCGCAUGUACCGCGUCGCUCAGGACGCAGACGUCGCGCACAUCGGCGGCCUCGCGUGGUCCGAGAAGCACGGCGGGCCGUCUUCGUCGCGCAACGUCGUCCUCGAUGUGCUUAGCGACGCUCUGCCGACGCAGGCGCACAAGAAGCUCGAGCAUACGUGGCACACCGCCUCGCACGCGUCGUCGCGCGCGCUGUCGAGCAUGGCGUCCGAGGUGACGCGUGUCGUGCCGAUCGAUCCGUCGGUCGCGCCGUCGACGUCGCAUGCGCGGCCGUCCGCGCGUCGCCCGCUAAACGAGAGCGAGAGCCGCGGUCUAUGGGUGCUGGGCGGCAUCGUGGCUACGGGCAUGGCGGUAGGCAGCUGGAUGUCGCGGGACCGGCCGCCUCGAGCGGCGGCAGCGGCAGCGGCAGCACCGCACCCAGCCGCCCAGCCGCCGGUCUAUGCACACGGAGGCGGCAUCGUCGGAGGCGGCGCUCGUCGCGUGUAG